GAAGCGGCGGGCGGGGCGGGGCCAUGGGCCGGCGGCGGGGGUGGUGGUGAGCGGCGCGGGGAUGGCGGCGGCCCGCGGCUGCCCCCCGGCGGGCUCCGGGGACCGUGCCCUGGCCGAGCUGCUGCUGGAGUUCUCCCGGGCACAGUACCGCGCCAAGGACGGCGGCGGCGGCGCCGCCGCUGCUAAGGUGGAGCGGAUCGAGCGGCGGUGCCUGGAGCUCUUCGGCCGCGACUACCGCUACAGCGUGAUCCCCAACGCGCACGGCGAGGUCUGCGCCCACUACCCGCGGCACAUCGUUCUCCUGGAGCGCGACGUCGGCGUCGGCCGCGACCCGUUUGAGAGCACUGUGCAGGUUGGCAAACUGCAAGACCUUAUCAACCGAAGUAAGAUGGCGAGGUGUAGAGGACGAUUUGUUUGCCCAGUCAUUCUGUACAAGGGAAAGCAUAUUUGCAGAUCUGCAACACUGGCUGGCUGGGGAGAGCUCUAUGGGCGCACUGGCUACAACUAUAUCUUCUCAGGAGGUUCUGAUGAUGCUUGGGCAGAUGCAGAAGACAUUUCAGAGGAAGAUUCUGCACUUAGAAAUGCAGACUCCCAGCUGUUUGACAAGGUCAGAGGGCACGACAUCAAGCUGCUUCGAUACCUGUCUGUCCGAUAUAUCUGUGACCUGAUGGUGGAAAACAAGAAGGUGAAGUUUGGCUUGAAUGUGACGUCUUCUGAGAAGGUGGACAAAGCUCAACGUUAUGCUGAUUUCACGCUUCUCUCCAUCCCAUAUCCAGGCUGUGAAUUUUUUAAGGAGUACAAAGACCGGGAUUAUACAGCUGAAGGUCUCAUAUUUAACUGGAAACAGGAUUACGUAGAUGCUCCAUUAAGUAUCCCAGUCUCUCUGACCCAAUCUCUGAAUAUUGAUUGGAGCGAAUACCAGAGCUGGGACCUUGUACAACAGACACAGAACUACCUGAAGCUGCUGAUCUCCAUCAUCAAUAGUGAUGAUGACAGUGGGCUCCUGGUGCACUGUAUAUCCGGCUGGGAUCGAACUCCUCUCUUCAUCUCCUUAUUGCGCCUCUCCUUAUGGGCUGAUGGGCUGAUCCACGCAUCCCUGGAGCCGUCUGAGAUUCUCUACCUGACGGUGGCCUAUGACUGGUUUCUCUUUGGGCACAUGUUAGUCGAUCGACUCAGUAAAGGAGAAGAGAUUUUCUUUUUCUGCUUCAAUUUUCUGAAGCACAUCACCUCUGAGGAGUUCUCUGCUGUGAAGUCGCAGAGAAGGAAGAGUUUGCCACCCAGCUUCACCCUGGAAGAGAUCUGCAUGCUCAAGCAGAGAGACCGAGGCAGCACCACAAGUCUGAGCAGCGACUUCUCCCUGGGGAUGGAAAGUUCCCCUGGAGCAGCUGGGAGCUUCACUUAUGAAGCAGUGGAGCUGAUGCCAGCAGGAGCACAGGCUCAAGCAGCAUGGAGGAAGAGCUGUGCCUCGUCACCACAAGCUGUGCUCUGGAGCAGGGCACAGCAGUCUGAAGAUAGGCUGCCUUCUGCAGGGAUGGGCGAAGUCAAAUCCUCCAGCUCCUCCUCAUCAACCCAUUCUGAUAACUUCCUGAGGAUUGGAAGCAGCCCACUGGAAGUGCCCAGGUCCAGAUCGGCGGACCAUUCUCUGCCCGGAUCUUCCGUUUCCACAGACUUUGGCAGCUGGCAGAUGGUGACAGGGUGUGGCAGUAUUCGGGAGCAGGCAAUCCUGAGCGCAGACGCCUCUCUCCCUUGCAGCUUCCCGGAUGAGUUCCCUAGCACUUGCCUGAAGAAGAGGCUUUUCUCUCUUCCCUGAAGAUGCUGAAUUUGGGCAUAACUGAGUGGAUUUGAGGAUGCAUGCUUGUCGGGACAGGACUGGUAACCCAGAUUUUCUUGCUUUUGGAUCUCGCUCAUCUCCAUCUCCCCGCUGGGGUCAGAUCUUUGCUGCGGUAAGAGGAGGGCUUUCCUUCUGUAACCCCGAUUUUGUCUGACCACGCGCAGCAUUGUUUGCAGGCGCUGUGUCUGGCCAGUGCAGAGCAGCAGAGACCCUGCAUCCUGCCACAUCCUGCCAUGUAAAAUGGCUGGGACAUAAAUGUUCCUCCCCAAAUAGAAAGCCACCUCUGCGGAAGCUUGAAAGACAGGAGGUGUGCUUUAGUUGCCGGUAGAGGAGAACCUUGGCUUGUGCCUUCAGGCUGCAAACUCUCAAUCAAGAAACUGAAAUGGUAGAUCAGGGGCUGCCGCUAGCUAGCUGCACUAGAGUUGUGCAGCCAAACGUUUGCAGUCCUUUACCGAGAUCUGAGUAGGCGCUUUGGAGGCAGAGGGCAAGUGAUGUGAAAACCGAUGUCUCCUGUGAGACCGGCUAGCUGCCCUGGCUUGCCUCCUCAUGUGGCUGUGUGCUGUGCCGCUGAGCAGAGCAGAGCGGCUUCCCCAAGUUAUGGUGAAGCUACAAGACCCAUGAAUUGGCAGAUCAAAAAAUCACAAGAGAUGUCAGAUAUGGCCUGGCCGGGAUUUGCUCUCCUCCUUAACGAGGGCACGCUGAGCUGCUCAGGUAGUUGUUUGGAUAUGGGUGAGGGAGCAGAAGGGACUGAAGGAUUGGCAUCUGAAUUAGUGACUGCUUUACGGUGCCCUGAACCUGGCUGUGCUUGGUGGCUGCUGAUCAGCAGUGAGUUGUUGCUGCCCUUGGAGUUGGAUCUAACAUCAGAAUAGGGAAUUCAGUAGAGAAAUGUGAAUUGCAGUUGAGCUCUGAAUCUGCCUGUGCUGAGACCGUGGGCUCAUGCGGUUCGGAGUCCAGCUGCUUGGGAAAGCCAGGUUCAAAGGGAGAACAGCAGUGGUGCUUCUCCCUUGGGUGCGCAGCAGAUGCUGUGAGUGCUCUGCCCUGUUCAGCUCUUCAGUAGAGCUGUGGGGUGCUCGGGAGCACUCAACUGCAGGUGCGGGGACCGGGCGCCAUGUGGAAAGGAUGAAGAGUUCCCAAGGAUGUUGUGUUGAGCUUAACCCAGGGCCUCUACUCUCUCUCUGCUCUGCGUCAGCUCUGUUUGCUUAGUAGCCCAUUGUGGUUUUAUCCCAGUUUUUCACAGCCCAGCACAGUGUGAGUUUUUGGAAAAUUAAAUUCCAUUUAAGUUCCCACUUUACAUCUCAGCUGGCAGCAGCUCGAUGAAGGUACGCUUUUCACAGCCUACUUCUUGUGCUUGUGUGGGGCUUGUCAGGGCUUACUUCGAGCUGGGGCUUUGACAGCCUCCUCUCAUCCUGCACCCCAAACUGCAGACGAGCGGGCAGGCUGUAGGAAGUGUAGCGGGGCAGAGCGCCGUGGAUUUGUCAGGGAAGCGUGACCUGCCUCCCUGGUUGAACUGCUCAGAGUGAAAUGGUGCAGCUGGUCUUGCAGGGCUUGGUGUCGGGCAGUGGCCGGCCACUUGACCCUGCGCUCUCCAUGAAAAAAACCCAAGCGUCUAAAUACAAAAUUUGCCCUGUGAAGAGGUGCGAGAGCCAGAAGACACGGGACUUAACUGCUGCACGCCCUUGCUUACCUCUGCAUGUGACAUUUCAGAUCACUGUACUCGGGUGCAAGUAAGUCCUGCUUUCAUGUAGCUUAUUUUUAAUGCUAGCAGGUUUGCGAGUUCCACGUCCUAAUUAGGUUGCCAAAAAAGCAUCUUUUUAAUGUGUUUAGAUAUGUUGCCUUUUUCCUUUGCCCUCUAGCUUCUCUUUAUUAUCAGACACUGUAAACAGCGGCCUGGUUGGCUGCCUCGGCAUCGCUUGCUGUUUAUAGGCCUCCCACCAUAUCCUCUUGCUGCUGUUUCCGGACCGAAGCUGUUGGCUGUGGGUGGUUAACACUUCCAUUCAAAUGAGCUGUGCCAAUUUAUAGCCAGCCCAGGCGCUGGAGAGAUUAAAGAGAAUUUUUUAUGGGGAAGGUUCGCGCUGUGCCCUUGGAGUGACCUUUGAGGAAUGUCUUAUUCUCUCUGGGAACCACCGGCACGUCGCAGAGGCGCUGCAGCAAGGACCAUUUCAGGCCAGAGUGCUUGGAACAGCUGCCUCUGGACCCUAGUCUUGCUUUCCCCUGCUCCCUUGGCUGAAAUACCGCCUUCCCUCUGCUCUCUUCCCCCCGCCCCUAACCAGGUGCAUGGAUCAGCUGGAGAAGAGAGCAGGUCCCAGGGGAAGUCGUGCCCUACUCUGCGCGCAGCCCUCCCGCUUGCAGAGAGCAGCCGUGCUGGGGAGCAGAAGUAAAAUGCUGCUCAGCUCUCCUCUUUCCAUGGCUGGAGCGCUCCUUGGGGCUUUUGUCGCCUUGUCUGCCCCCUCUCAUCCCCCCUUCCCCAAGGCUGUCUGUGCUGGCACAAGGACGAGAGGCUGGGGCAGUUGGAAGUAAGAGAUGGUCACAAAUACGUUGGAAGCGACUGUCCAGGCACGGCACGUGUGGACAGGCUCCAUCUGGGAACGCUGUGCAAGGAGGGGAGGGAGCUGGCGCAGGGGCUGACGUCAGCCAGCACCCGCUUGGCGAAAGCAGCACUUUCUGUAUGAAACGUGGCCUC